GCUAAAUCUUGCGCCCCACCCAUUUACUACGUUCAUGAUCUAUUAAGACCGUUCCAAAUUGUGUAGUUUGUGAUUGCUGUGUCCCAAAAAAUAAUGACCUUGCUGAAAUUUCUUAGUUUGAUGGUCACCCUAAGCGUUGUUGCAUUCUCAAGCGCGGAGGAAUCCUGUUUGAAGCUCAAUACUUGUGUGUGUAUGUUCAGUAACAAGUCAAUAGUCGACUUAUGGCCGGUGGAUGGAUCUUCCAAACCGAGGUAAGAACUUUCCAUAUUCAUAUCCUGAAUUGUUAAAAAAAACACCUUGAUUAGAUUACAUUUGCCUUGCUCUGUAUUUUUGGGAAAAAGAAGUGCAGAGGAUCUCAUUUCCAUCCAAGUACUUUCGGAUGCGCAAAUUAUGCUUUAUGAUAAAGAUAUAAGCUUAUUUUAUUCUCUAAACAUACUUGAUAUACUGGAUAUACUCAUAUCGAAGGCAAAUUAAUUAACCAAAAGACAUAAAAGUUGUUUUCCUCAUCAUCGUUCAGGGGAAAAUAAUGAUAAUAAUGCCAGUGUAAUGUGUUGUUCUCCGAGGGGGUCAAAGGGGUUUUGCAUAAAACGGAUUAGUUUUCGUGAAAAGCGAAAACACGAAAUUAAAAUUCGUGAACUGCGAAUAGUUGCUUGUCGUGAUACUCGAACUUUUAAAUCUUUUAUGCGAUAUACGUGAUUUUCAACUAAUUUUUUCGUGAAAAUGGACGGUGAGUUGAAUUUGAAGAAAAAUUUUACUGAAGCCAGUGGACCUUCAAAUGAACUUGUGUUAAAAGUCCUAAAGGACUUAAAGUCGUUCCCCUCAUAUGUCAAGCUAAAUGACCUUAAGCGCCUUUUUCGUCUUUUGUUUCCCCCACCGAGUCCCGAGCUUGGAGACAAUUUCCGUCACGUCAGUAUUUUUCAAUCAAUCAUAAUUCAGCUCUUAUUUUUGUGAAGCUAACACGCGUCUAAAUUGUCGUGGAUAACAGGGAAAGAGCUAAAGCGAGAGCACAGGUAACCUAGGCUCUGUGAUAGUACCACAGUACGGUUCCAUUAAAAUUACAGUGUUUGUAUGGGGUAAAAAUAUCAUCCUAAAAUUUCUAGGAAAUACUAAAUAAAGAUCAAUAAAACUUACUCUGCAGUUAAUUGUUGUUGUCCUUAUUGCUCCAAAGAAGUUUCGUGAUAAUUUGCAGUAAUUUGUUUAAAUUCACUCUAUCUACAAUAAUAAUAUACAUGGUAGGAAACACGAGGUGCCAUUUUCGCCGACAUGCUCUCAUUCAACACAACUUUUUCCACGAAAUUCGAACUCCAACGGAAAAUAAACAUGCCAGAAUCGUAGAAAUAGGGUAGCAGCAGAUAUAGAAACCAAUGAAGCUUUCCCAGAUAGAGAAACGAAUCCCACAGACUUUGACAAACUCGAAGAACAUAAUCCAAACAGACCGAGAACAUGCUCGACGAAGCAGCCGGGCCAGAUCAACACGUGGCCAAGAAAAUGAGGCCUGGGCACUGUACAAAAAAAUUCUAUCCCGGGGGUCCUGGGGUGACCUUUCUAGGGACCGAUACAUCAUUUGCCCAAAGCCACCCUCCCCUGGUGGAAAAAUACUUAAUAAAUCUUCUAAGCGGCAAAUCAUUGAGUACACUGGUUUGAAAGCUGAGUCUUAAAAGCGUGGUCUAGGAUCCCCGAUCCUUCAAGGGAGCAAAGCUUGUGCGUUAAACAACGACAACAAUAAUUAAGAUGAAAUGAAUUUUCAACGAGCAGUUACGCGUCGUAGCGGAAGAAUGGUCAAAGCCAAGUCGAAGUUCUUCUAAGUUUUCCUUUAAUAUUUAGACCUAUUUCGUGGAUAGUAAAUAAAUAAGACAACGGAAUUAAGGUUAAAUGGUAUUACUUUUUUAAUAGUACUAUCCGUCAGCAUUAGUCAUCAUCAGUUUACCGGUACCCUCACCUACAUUAGAGAGAUUAAGAUUCACGUUUACGCCAAACGUCAAACACGAAUUUGUACCACGUGACCAAGCUUUUCCCUCAAUUGUCGUUAACUGUUUAUUACUUCAACUAAAAAAUAGGUACUUUCAAGCCAGUUUUAUACAUAACUCGGAAUUGUUUUAACUGUUUUUAUCUGCUUAUUUUCUAUUCUGAGAAAUUCUCAACUUGAAUCUGACGUUUGCUGUUUGGCGUAAACGUAAAUCUUAAUCUCUCUAUUGGCCGAAUUUAUACUAGAGACGAAUUAUCCGUGUAGACGGAUUAUCCGUCUCAGAUGGAUAAUCCGUCUCUAGUAUAAAUUCGGUGCUAAGACAAAUUAUGGAGAAAAAUUCGUCUGAGGCUGAUUUGUCUGUUAGCACAUCUUCAAGACUUGCUAGCAGACGGAUUAUUCGUCUUAGACGGAUUAUCCGUCUCUAAAUUUAUAUCUGACGGAAGGUGGACGGUUUUUUUGACGAAGUCUCCACAUGAGAGGGACUGGUUUCUAUAUUUUCGCAAUAUUUCUAUAUAUCAAUAUAAAUAUCAAGACGAAUUAGUCGUCAAAAUUCUUUUUCGAAUUUAUGCUUAAACGAGUUAUCCGUCUGAAGGAUAAUCUGUCUAGACGGAUAACUCGUCUCUAGUAUAAAUUCGGCCAUUGUAUGUUCACCUGACUUGUCCACUGACUUCUGUUACUUCUAUUUCUCUGCAAUAGCUCUGCGGCGGGAGGCUCAAAAGGCAAAACAUCAACCCCACUAUUAACUCUGCAGACAGCAGCAUUCUGAACAGGUCUAGCCAUCCGCUGUCCUUUUCCUUCGGAAAUUUCCGUGAAACAUGAACUCGGAAUUUUAAUCCCAGUGAUGCGUUAUUUUCACUUGUUGAAGUCCGUGAUACGUGCGUAGGACUCUCUCCCUUACCCCCCUCUUCUCCGUUUCACGCAGUUUGCUCUCCGUGCAUUACAACUGGUCGACGAUGAUCAUAAAAUAUUCUUAUGUUCGGCUUUAAGCUUAUGUUAUUUAACAAUGAUCAAGACAAACCUCCAGUGAAUUUGUUUGAGCAAUGUACCAAAGUGUUAUCUUUUCAUUUUAGUUUUACCCAAAUACCGGAAGCUGAGGCACGCGUUUUUGAGUGGAACCCCUGCACACCUUUCAGUACUGGUGUAUCUGGCUGUAACAAUGUGACGGUAAGUUAGUGACAUGAAAAAUGCCAAUUAACUCUUGGAGCGUGGCAGAUACAAAACGUACAAUUUGACAGGGGUACCCAACGAGGCUUUUUUUCUAAAUACAUUAAAAACACAUUUUAGGCUAUCCAGAGUAUCUUAAGAUCUCUGGAAACGUAUUCUAAGCGACGCUAUAAAAUUUGUAUCUGUUCAUUCAUCCUAAGGAAAAUUGAGGAAUUUCGAAAUUACAAGGGCUUCAGCAUUAUUUUCCCGAAACUUUUAGAUGCAAUUUAAGACCCAUUUAACGUUUUACGAAAGUAAGAAAUGUUUUUAUUCCUCUCUCCAACGCAUUUGCGAGUCCGAAAAUUUUAGGUUUCCUUUUUCUACGAAAAAUAGCUUAAUCUGGGAAGAGAAAUGCGAAAAAUUUAACUUCAGAGAAUCGUAGGGAAUUUAUUAGAUAAGCUUCGAAAAUUGUACAUGAGUGGAACGGUCAUCUAGAUAUUUUUAGCCUUUUUCAAGCUAUAGAAAAUUCUAGGCAAUUUUUGCUUCUCCGAACAGAUAUUUUACAGAAAACAGUCGUUGGGUGCCCGGCUGAUUUGAAGGACUUGAUAGUCCACGACACAGUGAAUUUAACAAUGAUAUUGAAAUAGCAAAUAUUAACCAACAAGUAACAACCAACUCACUUUAAAUCGUGUUUUAUGUUGACCUGUUUUCUGAAAACACUAAAUGCUUGCAUGCAUAAGUACCCAAAAUGUUUGCCUUUACACUGAAAACAGCUUUAGAGGUCAGGGUGGCCCGGACUAAUUGUUUGUUUUGGGUUUUACUUUUUCUGAAGGUUUUGAUCCAACUAAGUGCAGUUGUCUAGUUCAGACCAAGACAUGCCAUUUCCCCCCCCACCCAUUUUCAGACCUGGCGUCCAAAAGUUGUAAAAUUUCGGUUGGCUGGCGUAUACAAAUCCGUAAAUUUAUGACGACAAGUAUCUGUAUAAAAAUUUUUGACAAUUUUUAUUCUCCCUCAGUCUUGUCAAAGGACUGACAUUGAAAAUUAUCCAGCUGGGACAGCAAACACCACUUUUUCUGUGGACAGUGAAGACAAUGUUGUUAUCACUUAUGGAGCAUCGAAAGGUCCUGACAAUUUUUGGAGGUAUUUUGCAACGUUAUCUUCAAACCAGAGUCUACGAUCGGGGGAAAGGGUCAAAGAAUAACUGGUUUAACAGCCAAGGGAACAUUUUCGUCCCCUUUUUUAUAACUUCCCAUGAACUCCUAAAAUUUUGACAAGAGAAAUAACUUAUUUGAAGCUAGCACUCAAGCACUUUUCCGUGCCUGACCAGAUUAGUAUAGGUAAUAGCAUUAUUUUUAGUGAUAUUUGGCAUAAACACCUCGAGUGAUAUUUUGAAAUUGAUAUACGUAAAUAGUGAAAUUUGAGGCAAUUUUGAAAUAUCUCAAGUGGUAUUUAUGCCUCUAAUAUCAUAGGUGACGAAUUACUCCUUAAUUUUGGCGCGAAAUUUCAGCGUUAAUUUGUAAUUUCACAAGUGAAAUUACAAAAUUGCUAUGGCAACCCUUCCGUACGUCUCAGUGUCAAGAUGGCGAUGAAGUUUUAAAAUGCCGUGAAUGAAAAUGUCAGGGCACAAAAAGAUGCUUUAGAAAACCUGAACACACAAGAGAACAUCAAGAAGGCUUCUAACAGGUAUUUUUCCGAAAAAGUCUGAAAAAUUCUGAACUUUAUAAGCCAAAUUUAAGGUCUAACCAUUUUACAGAGUGGAGUUCUCGAUCGAUACGACCCAGGAUAAACAUGUCAAAAAACCAAGAUUGCUAACGUAAUUCGUCACCCAUGAUAUAUUAAUAGGUAAUCAAAUGGUAUACUCGUGAAAUUAGGGAAUAAUUUCACUUGCGUUUUGUCCAAAUCCUAAUAAUUUACCGAGCCUUCAGGCGAGGGAAAUUAUUAGGAUUUGGACAAAACGCGCGUGAAAUUAUUCCCUAAUUUCACUCGUCACCAUUUGAUUACACAUACAUAUCACGUACAAAUCAUGCUGUUAUUUGUUUAUAAUACUAACCGCAAAGGUUUUGUAAUUUUCACAUGUAGUCUAUCAAAUUAAGCUGAAAUACCACUGCUCUAAGCCAAUCAAAUUGCAGAAAUUUCUCAUGUAGUACUGUUUCAAGUAAUGCCUGGCUAGAGAGAUGGUAUAGCUGUUAUAGAUUUAAUUGAUAUAUGGUUUAUCUAGGCAAACAGAAAUUACACUGAGGUGUGAUCCAGACAAACCAGGCAAAGGAACCAUACCAAGCCUUACAGAGAGAAUUCUUCCCUCAGGACAUGCCUUAUAUGUAAAUAUAUUAGAGUAUUUUGACUUUUAACCCUUUUAUAAUCAUAGAGCAGAAGAAGUGAGUGAUCACUGAUGAGCAUGAAAAAUAGGUUAUUUAUUUAGUGAAUAAAUAUUAGAAAAUUAACUAAAAAGUGGUGAACAAGUAAAACAAACCAAAAAAAUAUACAUAGAUUAUGAGUCAUACCUUGUUAUUACAUUGGUACCACUGCAGUUUUAUGAUUCAUACAACAUAAUAAGAUCAUCGCCAACCUUUACGACUUUUUUAAGCCAUAAUUUAAGAAUGGCUUUUGGUCCAAAAAGAUACCCUUUUCAAGACGCUAAAUGGCAACAUCGUAUACCCUGUACAAGGCUCUACCCUGAAAACCACACCCUGUUCAAUGCCACAUACCCGUAUAGGCAAAUAAGGGAGGGGGCCCAGUAUGUCACUCAUACCCACUUAUUCAACUGGGUCAUUGAAGAGGAAGGGACCAACAGGGUAGAGUGGUUUACUAAACAAGCGAGACUGUAAAGCUUGAACCCAGACCUACAGCAACAAAAGAAUGAGGUGUUAAUCAUUAAGCCACCACAAUAACACCGAGUCCCUGGGGUUGGAUAUUGGCAGUUAUAGUGUGGCUUGGGAAUCAGGUAUUUACCUAUACCUACCCAAGGGGUACCCCCUAGGUUUUGACAUGCACUUGGUUACCGCCUCGAAACCCAGACAUGGAGGAUUUCUUUGCGAAGGUUCGGCCAUUUGCCACAGAUUGACUUGUCAUUCAAGGUCUCGGUAAAUUGUAAAAAGCAUGUUUUCUCAACUUAAUACGUUUCUUUAUUUUGCUUUAAUCAAGCGACAACUUGAGCUAUCAAUAGCAAAAAAAUUGAGUCAGCCUUGUUUUAAGUUGAUUGUGAAUGAAUCCACGGGUGGGGCAUUUGCCAUAUUCCUGGAUCCUUCAUCAAUUUGGUAGUUUUAGUGUCCCUACCCCCAGGAAUUUAGCAUCCAAGAUAGAGAAAUGUGCAAAUGCCAGAGUAUUUAUCCAGGGGGUGAGGGAUGGGCACAACUUGAACUAACCGAUAUGUAUAAAUCAUUCAAGACUUCUCUUGUGCAAUCUUAAAGCUGCCUUUACAAAUUUGAAGACACUUUCAUUGCUGCCGCUCGGUUAUGGAAUGAAUUGUAGCCGUUCAGCAUAUCAUUUUUAAAAAAUACAUAUUUAUUGCUUAAGUAACACCAGAAAAAUAAUUGCUUUUCAGACUGGAACAUUUACUUCCAAAUUCGCCUGUGCCUUUCCAACUCACCAGACUCUGCCUGGUGAUCCUGUGCAACAGACGGAUGAAGUGAUAAUCUAAGUUAUACUGGCAGGAACGAUCAGUAGUUAGCUAGUAGUUAGCGGUGGAUCAAAUUUUAGUGGAACCCGUUGAUACACCACGGUUAAGCCGUGAAAAUGUGAUCGUAUUGGCGACUGGUGGCUUUGCAUUAUUAUACUAAGCCUUGCUAAGCUAUAAUAACAAAAAUUAAAUUUAAUAUAUCAUCACUUGUGCACUUUGACCAAUUUUCAAGAAAGAGCAUUACUGUUUGUCAGAUUGAUUGCUUUAGUUAUUCCCCGGGGCCCCCGGGAGUUAUUCUCACCAACGACGCACAAUGGGGCACCCAACGACAGUUUUCUCCUAAAAACAUUGAAAACACUUUUUAGGCCAUCCAGAGUACUUUUAGAUCUGUAAAAAUACAUUCUAAGCGGCGCUAUAAAAUUUUUAUCUGUUCGGUCAUCCUAGGGGAACUUGAGUUUUCUCGAAAUUCUAAGGGCUUGAGUAUCAUUUUCCCUAACAUUUUAGAUGCAAUUUGAUGUGUUACGAAAGUGAGACAUCUUCUGAUUCCUCUCCCCAUCACAUUUUUUUAAUCCCAAAAUUUUACUUUUCCUUUUUUCUACGAAAAAUAGCCCAACAUAGGGAGUAAAAUGUGAAAAUUAAACUUCAGAAAAUAAUAGGGAAUAAAUUAGAUAAGCUUCGAAAAAU